CAGUGUCCUGAGAGUUUGAACAGACUGCUUGCCUGGCAGAGUGCGCGCGUUGACACAGAAUUACAGAGAGAGAGAGAGAAGAGGGGAGACAGAGACAGAGUAAGAAGUCGGUGAGAGAGAGAGAGGGAGACAACUGACCACGAUACUCAUAGGCGAACCUAACGCUGCAAAGCACCCGUCGUCCGGCCAGCACGAGACGCACAACGGGAAACAUCGGGGCUGAUUGUGACAAUGGCCGUGGAGGAAGAGGGGCUGCGAGUUUUUCAAAGCGUCAAAAUCAAAAUAGGUGAAGCGAAAAACCUCCCUCCAUACCCUGGGCCCAACAAGAUGCGAGAUUGUUACUGCACGGUGAACCUGGACCAGGAAGAGGUGUUCAGGACCAAAAUUAUUGAAAAGUCUUUAUGUCCUUUCUAUGGAGAAGACUUCUACUGUGAAAUUCCAAGGACUUUUCGACAUCUCUCUUUUUACAUUUUUGAUCGAGAUGUUUUUCGAAGGGAUAGCAUUAUUGGGAAGGUAGCCAUCAAGAAAGAAAACCUUCAGAGCAAACCUGGACAAGACACAUGGUUUCCACUCCAGCAUGUGGAUGCAGACUCUGAAGUACAGGGUAAGGUACACUUGGAGCUUCGAUUAAGUGAAGUUAUUACAGACAACGGUAACAUAUGCCAUAAACUUGCAGCACGGGUUUUAGAAUGCCAAGGAUUGCCAAUAGUCAAUGGACAAUGUGAUCCAUAUGCCACCGUGACACUCUUGGGACCCUCCAGGUCCGAUGUAAAAAAGACAAAAAUGAAAAAGAAAACCAACAACCCCCAGUUUGAUGAAGUAUUUUAUUUUGAGAUUACCAGACCAUUAAGUUACACCAGACGAUCCCAUUUUGACGUUGAAGAAGAAGAUGUGGAUAAAAUGGCCUUAAGAAUUGAUCUAUGGAAUGGAAGUAACUUGAAGUUUGGAGAUGAAUUCCUUGGAGAAGUUAAAAUUUCCUUGAAGGUGCUUGGCCAGUCUGGUGUCCACGAUGCUUGGUACUUCUUACAGCCCAGGGACAAUGGGAGCAAGUCAAUCAAGCCAGAUGACCUUGGAUCUCUGAGGUUGAAUAUCGUGUACACAGAGGAUCAUGUUUUUCCAACGGAGUAUUACCAACCUCUCAGAGAUUUACUACUGAAAUCUGCAGAUGUUGAGCCUGUUUCAGCAUCUGCUGCUCAUGUGCUUGGCGAGAUUUGCAGAGAAAAACAGGAAGCUGCUGUACCCCUUGUUCGGCUUUUUCUUCAUUAUGGAAAGAUUGUACCUUUCCUCAGUGCCAUCGCAAAUGCAGAAGUGAAUCGGACCCUAGAUCCAAACACCAUUUUUCGAGGAAAUUCAUUAACAUCCAAGUGCAUUGAUGAGACAAUGAAAUUGGCGGGGAUGCAUUAUUUACAAGUUACAUUAAAGCCUAUCAUAGAUGAGAUUUGCGAUGACCAUAAACCCUGUGAGAUAGACCCAGUGAAAUUGAAAGAAUCUGAAAACUUCGAUACUAACAAGGAAAAUUUGAGGCAAUAUGUUGAUCGAAUUUUCACUGUAAUCACCAAAUCUGGAGUGAGUUGUCCAACUGUGAUGUGUGACAUUUUUUUCUCAUUGAGAGAAUCAGCUGCCAAACGCUUUCAAGUUGAUCAAGAUGUGCGGUACACGGCUGUUAGCAGUUUCAUCUUUCUGAGAUUUUUUGCUCCAGCUAUCCUGUCACCAAACCUUUUCCACCUACGUCCUCACCACCCGGAUCCACAAACCUCUCGCACCUUAACACUCAUCUCCAAGACAAUCCAGACACUUGGAAGUUUGUCAAAGUCAAAAUCUGCUAGUUUUAAGGAGUCUUUCAUGGCUUCUUUCUAUGACAACUUCAAUGAGCAGAAAUAUGCAGAUUCUGUGAAAAAUUUCUUGGACUUAAUUUCAUCAUCUGGAAGAAGGGAUCACAAAAGCAUUGAAACUCCCAUAAUGCUCAAGGAAGGAUUCAUGAUAAAGAGAGCUCAAGGAAGAAAAAGAUUUGGUAUGAAAAACUUUAAGAGGAGAUGGUUCCGUCUUACAAAUCAUGAGUUCACCUACCAUAGAAGUAAAGGUAACACGAAAGGUGACAGUCCACUGUGUAGCAUCCCCAUUGAAAAUAUCCUCGCUGUUGAAAAAUUAGAGGAGGAGUCUUUCCGAAUGAAAAAUAUGUUCCAGGUCAUUCAACCAGAAAGAGCCUUGUACAUUCAGGCCAAUAACUGUGUGGAGGCCCGUGACUGGAUUGACAUCCUCACCAAGGUCAGCCAGUGCAACAAAAAGCGCCUAUCUACAUACCAUCCAUCUGCAUACCUCAAUGGACACUGGCUUUGUUGUCGAGCUUCUUCAGAGAUUGCUCAAGGAUGUACACCAUGUACAGGAGGUUUACCGGCAAACAUCCAGCUUGAUAUUGAUGGAGACAGAGAAACUGAACGCAUCUAUUCCUUAUUCAAUACCUACAUUAGCAAACUGGAAAAAAUGAUGGAGGCUUGUGGGAGCAAAUCAGUGUAUGAUGGUCCAGAACAAGAAGAGUACUCUAGCUUUGUUAUUGAUGAUCCUCAGGAAACAUACAAAACACUAAAGCUGAUUGCAGAAAGAGUGCACAUCCUAGAGCAGGAGCAUGCCCAAUACAAGAGAGACAAGUUUAAGAAAACCAAGUAUGGAAGCCAAGAACACCCUAUCGGAGACAAGAGUUUCCAGAAUUAUAUUCAACAGCAAUCAGAGACGUUAACGUAUUCAAUCUGAAUGGGAGAAACGGAUAUGCUGUUUUGAUGUUAAAGAUAUCCGAAAGAAAUCUACCUAAAAUGUUAUGAUUGAUGUAGCAUGAUGUACAGCUCUGAAGAAAAAAAUGUGUCAAGCAUACCCAGUUUGUUCGACUAAACGUUUAUUUUCACAAACUGUAAAAGUAGUUGCUAUGCACUUUAAUCAUCUGGAAGCUUCACAGAUGAUAUAACUCUGCCUUUUGGCAAUGUCAAAUGAUAUUUUCACAUUUUGUGUGUCUGUUUUGUUUGUAUUGUACCUGAGUCAGUUUAUGGGAUCAGUUAAAUGAUUGCCAUAGGCCGACAAAUACAUAUAUGUAUAAAGAACUCCAGAGUAAGAUUCAGGGACCAAGGCAAUUAAACCCUUUCCUUGUAUAUGGAGUUAGAAAUGCAUUUUUGGUGGGUAAAGUUUCAAUUCUUUCAUGGUGUUACAAAAAGAGAAAAAAUACCAGCUCUUCAUUUUUCUUUUUUUUUUGUUUUCUUUAAAGGUACAAAGUCAAAAUGUAAGAAACUUCUGACAAUAAUGUAAUUACUUUGUGGGAGGGAAAUUGUUUGAGGCAGGUUGUUUCUGUGUUCUAACUGGUAAACAAUUUACAUUUUUGUAUGUUGUUUUGUGAUAUAGAAAGUGGACCCUGCAUACAUCCCAAAUACCUUUUACAGUAUGUUUGCAGAUCAUAUCCUAGCCUUUUGUUGCACCAGGGCAUGUUGAUACAAAUAAUGGAUGUAUUUUUACAGGCAUUAUCUGGUAACACCACUCUGUUGACUAAUGACCACUUUCUGGUUCAUUUCUUUUAUAUCAGUUGUAAUUUCUCCAAAAUACAUAAACAUUAUUCCUUAAUUAAAUCUCCUACUUUUACUAUUGUUUCAAAACUUAAGGUAGAAGCAUAAACUCAACACAAAGCACUGUGUAUUUUAGCCUGCCAUAAAGUGAGAGUGCUCACUCUAAAAAGCACUAUUUAAAAAUAAACGUUUAUUUGGAAAAGAGUUUUGACACUAUCCCAUAAAGUGAUCAAAAUUCAACAGGUUUAGGAAAAUUUACUCCGGCAAUUUAAUGAUGCCUUGCUAAUGUGUUUCUUCCUCAGAUGUUCCACAGUAGGAAAUAUUACUCCAUAUUUUAUUUUGUAUGGUACUGUACAUAUACAGAAGAAAAAUGUUUUUGUUUUAUAUUCCCUGGCACCUGGUCCAUUUCUUUAUAAAAUUAUGCACUUCUUAUCGUAGUACUAGGGUGCUGUACCGUGUUAGCCAUUAUGAAUGUAGAGAAAAGCCAAGCAAAAUGACACCUUUUAUUGGCUAACUAGAAAGAUUACAAUAUGCAAGCUUUCGAGGCAACUCAGGCCCCUUCUUCAGGCAAGAUGUAAUGCACUUCUUAUCGUAUAUUCAUCCAUCCAUCCAUCUAUUUACUGAACCUAUCACUGCAUUUAUCAAUAUUCUUAACCCACUUAAUCCAAUUCAUGGUCAACAAGAGUUAGCACCCAUCCCAGUAUAUUGAGCACAAGGCAUGGACCAGCUUCAUAUAAGGUGCCAAGCCAUUGCCGGGAACACUCAUUUACAUACCCACUCUCUCUUCCACUGAGCCAUUUGUAUUUAUUCACUGAUCUGUUUACUGAACUAUCUUAUCCAAUUUUAGGUUUGCAUUGGGCCAAGUCAAGCUAACCUGUAUGUCUUUAGUUUGAGGAAGACAAAACAGAAUGCAUAGGGAGAAACACUCACAGACAUCUGAAGGCUGUGCAAAUUCCACACAGACAGGGAUAAAGCCGGGGCAGAAACCCAGGACUCUGGAGCAGUGUGGCAUCAGCGCUAAUACCUGCACACCCCCAUAUUCUAUAUUUCCAGAAUAGAUUAUUUAAUUGCUAGUACUAGUCCAUUAAUUUAUUCCACUUAUGAUCUUGAUGCCAGAGCCUGUCUUGCCAGCAGCAGUCACAAAGCAGAAUCUUACUAAAAGCUGUACACCAUUAAAUUAUAGAUUGCAUGUUCACAUUCACACAGAAACACUGGUCUUUAGUCUAGGUCGAGAUGUGUUUAAGCCGCUGGAAAAGCCGGAUUCCAUAGGCGGAAACUAGCAUUGGGAAGAACAUACAAACACUUCACCAAGCAAGAUGUUGGCCUUAGACCACAGGGUACUAACCAUUGUCCUACUCAACCAUCCAUUUUCUGAACUUUUUUAGUAGGGAUCUUGCAACCUGAGAUAACUGGGUACAAGGUGGAAGCAAACUAACUAAAAAACAGAUACCCCUAUGCUCAGUCAUACAGGGCCAAUUUAUAGAGACUGGACCAAGUAUCAACCGAUUUGACCACAGUGCUAAUCACUGUGCCAGUGCAUCACCUAUUUUCUAUUUAUUUUCAUUUCUGGCUGUAUUCAGGUCAGGUUGCAGAGGCUUUGUGUUGUACAGACAGUAGGGGAAUACAAGUGUUGUGUAUCCCACAGUAGUAUUCUUAGCUACACCUGCACCUUUAUCAGUAAUUACUUAACUGCCACUUGAUUUGAUUUUUCUCCCUGCUCUGGUUUGUGUGCUUCUCAUAUUUAUGUUUUAUAUUCUACUUUGAUCUCUUAGUAUUUUUCCCUUAUUCUAUGCUUACACCUCAUUACUAUAAUUGAGAACCCUAAUUAUAGUAUUAAUAUAGGUACACAGUACCAAGGGGAAUGAAGACUCAAUAUGAGGUUGUGUCUAAAGCAGGGUAAAUUCACACUUACAGUAUGGUCACUUAUUCUUUACAUGUGCCAGUUAACCUAUUGGCAGGAGUGCACAAGCUACGUCAAAUAUUAAUGUGCAUUUCAAAAAAUGAUAAAAAGAAUGUUGUAAAAGUCGUGAUUUUUUGUAAGUACUUCCAAGUGUAACCUUGUAACAGUGUAAAGUGGCACAAGUUGAAAGAUGAAAGUAUGUUUGUUCAUUUUAUAAAUGUUUGCUGCAUUGUUUAAUUUUGCAAGCAGGGUGAAGUGACUGUCAAUUUUAUUUCUUUUAUUUAGUCAGGAGCACUGUAAGUAACAGCAGGUCUAUAGUAAGUGAAGCAAAAUUAAUAGAAUGUGCCACCCAUCUUUAAAUCUUCCACUUCCAUCAGUCAGGAGGAUUAAAAACAAGAAUGCUAAGCUGGAACUGCAUAUAUAAACUCAAGCAAUGGUACACAGUACCUCAAAUAAACACCCUUUCAUUUUUUCAGAUGCAUGUACAUUAUUUCAUUCGUCGUAGAUUCUGAACAGUAUCUGUAUUUUGAAAAGUAAACGUGCCAUGAACGUAUUGGAAAUGUUGUGUAACAUAAUCAUGACCUCUCCUUAAAUGCAAAUAUUUUGAUAAAGGUCCUGCUUUUGUAAUUUUAGCCAGAAGUAUUAAACAUUGGUAGUAAUAAUGUAAAAAGUUGUGAAAAAUAAAUAUUUUUGUCUGUAAAAAGAUGACAAAUGCAUUAAUAGUACUUGCAUUUCUUGAUGUGUUUUAUUACAAUAUCUUAAAUAAAUUUGCCAACUGUAUCUUGUACUAGAAUUUUGUUACAGACUGCAGCCACCUCAGAAUAAAUCUUGAUUGCUGCAUUUCUGGUAUAAAGCUUUUUUUUCCCUUUUUCACUGUCAUAUGAAUGGGUCUUUUGAAAGACUGCAUUGUGUUUGAAUACUAAUCUUCACUCAGUUGUAUUUUUACCUGCCAAUUAAAAGAAAAAGAUAUUUAACAUUU